AUGCAUGAACAGCUUCCACCCGUUCCUUCAAGGCAACUAACUGAUGAAGAGGCUGCAGCUCAGGUUGUCAUUAGGGAAAUUUUGAAGGCACCCCCUAUUCAGUCAACAAACCCAAAAAUCGCUUUCAUGUUUUUGACGCCAGGUCCAUUACCGUUUGAAAAGCUGUGGGAUAAGUUCUUUCAUGGUCAUGAGGAUAGAUUCUCUGUCUAUGUGCAUGCAUCUAGGGCCAAGCCAGUGCAUGCGAGUCGUUAUUUUGCUGGCCGCGAAAUACACAGUGACAAGGUUGUUUGGGGAAAAAUUUCCAUGGUAGAUGCAGAGAGGAGACUUUUGGCAAAUGCACUAAAGGACCCAGAUAAUCAGCAAUUUGUCUUGCUAUCUGAUAGUUGUGUACCAUUGCAUAAUUUUGACUAUGUGUACAACUACCUAUUGUUUACGAAUGUUAGUUUCCUUGACUGUUUUGAGGAUCCAGGUCCGCAUGGAGGUGGCAGGUAUUCGGAGCAUAUGUUGCCUGAAGUUGAAAGGAAGGACUUCAAGAAAGGUUCACAGGUUUCUUGAUGAUUCAUCACAACUGUUGCCGGUUAGGAAUGACAGGGGUGGGUUUAGGUUGGAGGACCAAUUUCACAAACCCAACCUGCGAAAGUACAUUCCCUUGUGCUUGUUCAACCCGUAUUUGGUGUGGGGCUCGCAUGGAGAAAUGAUCUGGGCAAAAAAAGUUUCCCAUCUCAUUACACAGUUGACUCUCCAUGCAAUUGUGUACAUCCUAACGUAUGGAAUUCACUGAAAGAUUUUUAUGGUUAACAUAUACAUUCUGUGUAUAGCAAGAUUGCAAUGAGAAUUUGUAGACAGCCUGCAAUGGCACCAGUGACAAAGAGUG